UCGUCUGUCCCCUCACAGGCUGCAGAAAUAAACAAGCGCACCUCACUUUAGUCUCCCUCUCCGACUGACCAUCAGCAGCUGCUAAAGUCGCGGUCAGCCACAUUUGGUAUCCGAAAGUGAUUCGAAAUGACAAUGAAACUGGCUUACUGGGAUAUUCGUGGGCUCGCCCAGCCUGCCCGCCUGCUGCUGGAGUACACCGGCACCAAGUAUGAGGACAAGUUUUAUGUCUGUGGUGAAGCUCCAAACUAUGACAAGAGCUGCUGGUUUGAUGAAAAACCCAAACUUGGAAUGGACUUUCCCAAUCUGCCCUACUUGGAGGACGGAGACAGGAAGAUAGUGCAGAGCAAUGCUAUCAUGAGAUACAUUGCUCGUAAACACAAUUUGUGUGGAGAGACGGAGGAUGAGAAGGUCCGUGUAGACAUCAUGGAGAACCAGGCGAUGGACUUCAGAAAUGGCUUUGUGAGGCUGUGCUACACUGACUUUGACAAUAUGAAGCCAGCGUACGUUAAGGCGCUGCCAGACGUACUAAAGCAGUUCUCAGAUUUCUUGGGAGACAGGAAGUGGUUUGCUGGUGACAAGAUCACUUUUGUGGACUUCAUUAUGUACGAGCUGUUGGAUCAACACAGGAUGUUUCAUCCUACAUGCCUGGAUGACUUCAAGAACCUCAAAGAUCUUUUAGACCGUUUUGAGGCUCUGGAAAAGAUUGCUGCCUACAUGAAGUCAAACAGAUUCAUGAAGACUCCUGUCAACAACAAGAUGGCCAAGUGGGGAAACAAGAAAGAGUAAAGGACAAUGUUCACAAGUGCAACUGACUCAAUAACUCAUAAAUUCAGGACAGAGAAAAGUCUCUGUACUAUCUUUUUAUAACCUGUUGACUAGUUGGUUGUGUUGGUUUCAUGUCCUUAAUCACGAUGCACUCAUGCCAGUUCUAAAAGCCUUAUUAGUUUAAAAAGAAAUCAAAGUUUGUUCUAAUAGUAUGAAGAUAAGUAGAAACUUUAAUUUGAGUUAAAGCACUUAAUUUUUGUUACAUCUUUUGACAGAUUAAAGUAAAUCUUGUACUGA